AUGGCAGCACAGCCUUCAGGCUGUCAGCCAAUCCUCCCAACUUCGUAUCAUCACAAACUUGCUGAGGGUGGCCAUUAUCCCCUCAUCAAGGUCAUUGAUGAAGAUGUUGAACAAGAGCGGACCCAGCACCGACCCCUGGGGGACACCACUGCUUACAGGCUUCCAACCGGACUCUGCACCGCCAACAACGACCCUCUGCGCUCUGCCAGUCAGCCAGUUCUCAACCCACCUCACUGUCUAUUCAUCUAUCCCACACUUCCUCAGCUUUGUUAUAAGGAUGUCAUGGGGGACAGCAUCAAAAGCCUUGCUGAAAUCAAGGUAGACUACAUCCACUGCUCUGCCCCCAUCCACCCAGCCAGAGACAACACCAUAGAAGGCCACCAGGUUGGUGGAGCACGACCUCCCCCUGCUGAACCCGUGCUGGCUACUCGUGAUAACCUCCUCUUCUUCCACCUGUCUGGAGAUGACAUCCAGUACAAGCUGUUCCAUCACCUUUCCAGGGACAGAGUCUUCAGGCACCUCCCCCGUCUUCCAAGACCUCUCAAAGAUGACAGAAAGCGGUUCAGCAAUCACCUCUGCCAGCUCCUUCAGCACCCGUGGAUGAAUCCCAUCGGGUCCCAUGGAUUUCUGCACAUUGAUGUUGCCUGGGCGCUCCUGGACCACCUCUUCCCUGACAGAAGGGGGGUCUUCCAUUCCCCAGAUCCUCUCACUCACCUCCAGGGUCUCAGAUUCCCGAGGGGGAGCUUUUUCACUGAAGACAGAAGCAAAGAAGGCAUUCAGUAUCUCCUCCUUCUCAGCAUCCCCUGUUACCAGAACACCCCCGUCACUUAG